AAUGACGAUAGAUGAAAUCUGAAUGAACUGGUUUCUUCUGACAAUGGAUACACUAACCCCAUUUACCCAAUCUAACAUCUUGCUGCUUACCGUGAAAGAAUCACCAUGAUGGUUGUAUAUAUUCUUGCAUCGUUGCUCAUGUCGUGCAUGCUCCACGGAGUUUGGGCCACGCCCCUAGACGAUUACGUGAACAAUCUCGACCCAACGUACUCGUAUGAGACGCUGGAGACGUUCCAGGGGGAGGGGUACACUCUAUACAACAUCAACAUGACGUCACAAUCAUGGAUACCUGAUCUUCAGAGUCAACCGGUAUGGUGGCACUACCUUUCUGUCAUAGUCCCGGAUAAGAUCCUCAUCAAAGGGGCCUGCUUUUUGUUAAUCGAUGGCGGAACUAACCGCGAUAGUCCACCCAAGCCGACAGACAAUUUUGUUCGACUGACCACUGUCAUUGCGGCCACAACUGGAGCCAUUGGGGCGUGUCUUAAACAGAUCCCUAACGAGCCAAUCACGUUCAAGGAGGACCCAGACCGGAAACAGCGUACGGAGGAAGAAAUCAUCGCAUGGGGCUGGAAGACCUUCUUGGAAAAUCAGGGGGCGGAUCCAGAAAUACUUGUAGAACUACCGAUGACCAAGGCGGGUGUUCGGGCAAUGGAUACUAUCGAUGACUUCACGAAGAAACAACACGGGUUCGUCACAGAUCGGUUUCUGGUGGCCGGAGCUUCAAAACGAGGCUGGACAACGUGGUUAGUUGGUGCAGUCGACAAGCGGGUUGUUGCCAUAGCACCAAUCGUUAUGGACCUUCUGAACAUGCAGGAGAACAUGCACCACUUUUAUCGAUCCUUAGGUGGUUGGACCUUCGCCUUUCACGACUUUUAUGAUGUCAACUUUACGGCAAAUGUCGACAGUCCAUAUGUCAAAGAUCUGACCGGAAUCAUUGAUCCACUGUCGUACAACGAGCGUUAUGCGAAUAUGCCAAAGUACAUAACAAGCACGGGAGGAGACGAGUUCUUCAUGGUGGAUGACUCCAAGUUUUACUUUGAUGUGCUCAAGGGAGAGAAAUAUCUCAGAAUGAUACCGAAUGCAGAACACGGUCUUGUGGGUCAUGAAACCAGUGUGAUGUUUGGGAUUCGGGCCUUCUUCCUAUCUGUCAUGAACAAUAAACCAUUACCAAAAGUAGACUGGAUAUUGAAUACCACAGCCAUUGGCGGCAAGAUCAGCGUGACCACGGAUGUUCAGCCUCUAUCUGUGGAGUGUUACCACGCGACCACCUUGGAUGACACACGAAAAGAUUUCCGGUUACUUCGAGGGACCCCGGGUGACCCGACUAAGCCCAAGCUUCACCCUGUACUGUGGCACAAGUCAUAUGCAACACCCACCAGCGCUCUGAGCUGGGAGGUGGAGUUUCUAAACCCCAAGGUUGGAUGGACUGCAUUCUUUAUACAGGUGACGUUUGCUGGCCUCGCCGACUCGGUGCUCGAGUUCACCACUCAGACUCUCAUCAUACCGGACACGUACCCCUUCCCGGACUGUCAUGGCGCCGAGUGCAGGGGGACGCUCGUGUAGACUCAAGCUUUCCGUCCAAGGAUUAAAACAAUAACCAUGUUUGAUUUGUGACAUACAUGUAUACAUAUGCAAUUGAAAUACAAUCGUUAUUGUAUAA